AUGGACAUGGACGUUGAUCUCAAAUUAGAAAUGAACAUAUCUCAUAAAGAGCUUCGAGUGCUUCUGCUUCAUGAAUUUCAUUUGGGUCACAAAGUAACGGAAGCAAGAAGCAACAGAUGCGGCACGAUGGACAAGGAUGCACUCUACAUUCGUACAGCGCAACAUUGGUUCAAUCGGUUCAAAAGCGAUAACUUCGAACUCGACGAUUUACCUCGUGCCGGAAGACCACUUGAGCUGAAUAUGGAUGUUUUGAAGCAGUUUAUCGAAGACGAUCCUAGAUUGACUACACGGUGUUUAGCAGAGCAACUUGGGUGCUCUCAUACUACAGUGGAAACACAUCGGUGCGAAUUAGGCAAAACGUGGAAAUAUGGAGUUUGUAUACCACAUGAAUUAUCACCACUUCCGCUCCAACACAGGGUUGACGCUUGUAUGGAAUUAAUGACGUCUCAUCGCAACUACCAAUGGCUACACAAUCUUAUUACUGGCGAUGAAACGUGGGUGUUGUAUGUUAACCACACAUGCAAGCGACAGUGGCUGGGAGUUCAAGAGAAGCAGGUUAAAAGUUAUUUUUUGCAUGACAACGCCAGACCUCACAUCGCAAAGUCGACUCGGGAAAAAUUAUUGAAACUCGGAUGGAGUACCGUUUCACAUCCAGCUUAUUCUCCAGACUUGGCUCCUACAGAUUAUCACUUGAACCGUUCUCUGUCAAAUCAUCGAAGUGAGAAAAAAUUCGACGACGAAAAGCAUCUCAAAAUGGAACUUGUCGACUUCUUCGGUCAAAAGCCCCAGGAAUUCUACGAACGUGAGAUCUUUUUUCUGGCAGAGCGUUGA